CACAGAUGGUUCCUCAAGAAACAUGGCGGAGUGCGACUGGGAUGAAAUGUUCCUUCGUAGUGAAUACGAUGGCCCAGUUUUACCGUGGGAUCGUUUUAGAAGAUGGGUGACAUGCUUCUGUAUUGUGACGUUCGACUUAGAGCUUGGCCAAGCGUUAGAGCUAGUUUACCCCGAACAUAUCGAACUAACAGACCGUGAGAAAACGAGCAUUUGUUAUCUGGCCUUUCCUGACUCAAACUCAGGAUGCAUGGGAGAUACACACUUUCAUUUCCGCAUCAGAUGUAGUCCUCGCAGUUGCCGGAGGAGCCAACUUGUGAUGAGAUUUGAAGAUGAAGUUCCACUAGCCUACAGGAGUGACCCAGCUCAUUUUUAUGGCUUUGCAUAUUUCCGUCAAGUUAAAGAUCCUUCUAUUCAGAGGGGUUAUUUUCAAAAGUCAGUUGUAUUGAUAUCAAGGCUGCCUUAUGUUAACCUGUUUUCAGAAGUGGUUCAGCUCAUAGCUCCAAGCUACUUUGAGAAUGGAGAACUCACUUUAGAGACAGUUUGUCAUGAUAUUGAUCAGUGGCCCUACCCUGAGGCAGGACACACCCUACAGCUACCCCUGAUGGGAAAUGUCAUGCAGGUUCGAGUUCCAUCAAGGGGCGAUAAACCAGGCGCUGUGUCGUCACCAGACCAUCCUCUUCCUACUCAUAUUGUGCCACAGAUGCCCUCUCCUAAGGUCAUUCCAACUCUCAAGGAUCCAGACAUCUUUAGAUGCUUGCAAUCUGUUCUUCCACACAUUCAUCUUUUAUGGGAGUUAGCAUUAACCAAUGAGCCUAUUGUUGUGAUGGCACCUUCACCUACAAUUUGUUCAGAGACUGUUCAAGCUCUUGCAAGUUUGAUCUCACCGUUACACUACUGUGCAGAUUACAGACCAUUCUUCACUAUUCAUGACACAGAGUUUAAGGAAUACACCACAAGAACCCAGGCUCCGCCGGGAGUCAUUCUUGGGGUUACAAAUCCUUUCUUUGCCAAAACUUUACAACACUGGCCCCAUAUGGUCAGAAUAGGAGAAAUGUCCAAUCUCGUUAUAUCAUCAAAAAGAUCUCCUGGUAUUGGUCAAAAUGCCAAAAGAACACUGUCGUCAAAACCAGGAAUUUACACAAAGUACAAGCAAUUUCUGUCAAAGGAUAAACUUAUAUUUAGAAGACUAAGCAAGGGUAAUCAUCCAAAAAGACCUCCAGAAGUUCAGAAUGCCAUUCUAAGGAGACACAUGGUAGAACUUACACAAAGCUUCAUGAUCCCAUUGGAAAGAUAUGUAGCUAGUCUUAUGCCUCUACAGAGAAGCAUCUCUCCUUGGAAGCAUCCUCCUGGACUGCGGCCUUUUGACGCAGACGAAUUUCUCACAACUUUGGAGCAUUCUGGACCACAAUUAACAUCCAGAUUGAAGGGGAACUGGGUCGGACUCUACAGGAAAUUUUUUAGGUGUGCAAACUUUGAAGGCUGGUUAAGACACCGACAGCAAGAGAUUAGACAGAAGCUGGAACUUCUUCAUUUAGAAGUCCUCGGGAAGGCUGAUGUUGUAGGUUGGAUUCAAGACAAGCAGGAAGUUGAGACAGUUGAUCUGUUCUUACAGAUCAAAGAGAAGCUGGCUGGUUCAGCUUCUAUAUACCCUCCUGUGAGCCUUGAAGUCAAACAACAAUUGAAAGGUCACCUUUCGUCAAUUAUUAGAACUCUUCCUGAAGACCUUCAGUUUGUUUUGAAGAACAGCUGACAGCAUAGACUUCUUCUGGAGUAUUCUUAGUUUGCCUGGAGAAAUACACCUUCCUUGACAAAACUAUGUUUCCAAUGGAGAAAUGCUACUGUGUCAGUUUGUCUGCACCAGUUAAACCAACUUUGUGGCAUUUAAGAAAAUUUUAUCUUUUGAAAAAGAAGUAAUUGCUUUUCGUACGAGAGAGGUAUAUUUUAAUUUAUUUUACCAUUUAAAAUGUGACGCAAAAGUUUUGAAAUUGAUAUUACAAAUUAUUAAACCGGAGCCAAAAAGGGAGGAAAAUAAACUGGAAUUCAUCGCCAGUGCGCUUCUCGAUUUAGAGUCGUAAAACCUAAACCAAAGUCACAAGAGUGGGCCAAUCGAAAGAGCGGAAAAUACCUUAAGGAGCCAAUGAGAACUCAAAAUAAAACAAGCAAACCGCCGAAAAACGCGGGAAAAUGCGGGCGACCAAGUCGUGAUUGGUUUUAGUUUUGCAUCUGAGAUGGUUGAGAGAGUGGCACAAGUUUUCUGGACCAAUCACAGCGGGAACUGAGUAGAGUUAAAGAAUCCCUGAUUACUUUCGACGCUCCAGUGAAAAAUGCUCUUUCUCGUCACAAAAAGUAAUUAUUAGUGAAAGAAAUAUUUAUGUUGGACCCAAACUUGAAACAAUCUAAUGAUUGCAUUUUGAUUUAUUUCCCUAUGGAGCGUCUAUAAAAUGUAGUGAUGAUUAAUAAGCUUUCUUUGUAAAUAGUAUAAAAAAAGUAUAUUUUUUUAAGUGGGAAACUUUUAUUUCGAAAAUGGCGUAGCAUGUACUUACAUUUUAAAGAUUUGUUAGAUGAGACGGUGGUUUCCAUCAAGGACGACUGUUCGCAACAGUGCUGCGUCUUUAACUUUUUAUACGUUGAUGUUUAAGGAUAACUCCACCUAAGGGAUAAAAUUGUUAAUUAUGUUAUCCGAAAAGUCGAUUUGUCGUAAAAAGAGGGAAAUAAGCACACGUGUAGAGUAAAAUAAAGUAGAAUUGUUAGCCAUUUGGAUUUUUGAACAGCAUUAGCCCUUCUUCAAAGCAAAGGAAAAAGGAGUUGUUUUGGGAAUAAUCCAAAACAUCAAUAUUUUUCUGCUGUAAAAUAUAGCGCCUAUCGUAAUUAGAAGUGAGUGAUUAAAAACAAGAAUGCUAAGUGUUUUGCGAAGA